AAGACGACUCGUCCACGGUCUAUCACGGCCGAGCAAGCUAGCUGGCCCAGCCACAGCCCACAGCCCGUUCUGGCAGGCGUUCGCCCGCAAAGCCACAGCGGCACCGAUAACAACCCGGCCGGCAGCGCCGGUAUGCGGCCGCGCCGGCUGCCCCCGUGCCUGGCAGUGGCGGCGCUGCUGUUCCUGCUCCUGCUCCUCUGCGCCUCCUCAUCCUCCCCUGUCCUCUUCGCCUGGCGGUCCUCCGCCGCGUCCCGCCCCGCGCCGCCGCGGGCGGAGUGGGGGCCCGGCCGCCCGCCCUCCUUCGCGUACUGGAUCUCCGGCACGCGCGGGGACGCGCGCCGCGUGCUUCGCCUGCUCCGGGCGGUCUACCACCCGCGCAACCGCUACCUGCUGCACCUCGACGCCGGGGCGGCCGCCGGGGAGCGGGAGGCGCUGGCGCGGGCGGUCAGGCAGGACGAGCCCGCGUGGAGGGAGUUCCGGAACGUCGACAUCGUGGGGGAAGCCUACGCGGUCGACCGGACCGGGUCGUCGGCGCUCGCCGCCGUGCUGCACGGGGCGGCAGUCCUGCCCAGGAUCGGGGCCCACUGGGACUGGCUCAUCACGCUCAGCGCAGAGGACUACCCGCUGGUCACGCAGGAGGAUCUCCUUUAUGCCUUUUCUUUUGUGCCAAGGGACCUCAACUUUAUUGAUCACACAAGUGAGCUUGGAUGGAAAAGGCAUGAAAGAUUUGAAAAGAUUAUUGUUGAUCCAAGUCUAUAUACGGACAGAAACACUGAACCCUUCCCUUCAAAAGAAAUAAGACAAAUGCCUGAUACAUUCCAGAUAUUCACAGGUUCUCCCUGGGUAAUUCUGAGCAGGAACUUUGCUGAACACUGUGUGCAUGGUUGGGACAACCUACCCCGCAAACUACUGAUGUACUUUGCCAACACAGCUUAUUCCGUGGAGUCCUACUUCCAGACUCUCAUCUGCAACUCUUCCGACUUCCUGAACACAAUUGUCAAUGGCGAUCUGCGGUACUUUGUCUGGGAUGAUCCUCCAGGCCUCGAUCCACUUGUUCUCAAUGAAUCACACUUCGAGAACAUGUUGAACAGCAGUGCUGCCUUUGCGAGGCGGUUUGAGGAGGACACGCCGGUGCUGAAGAAGAUGGAUGAUGAACUACUAAACCGGUCUCCUGUCCAGUUGGUUCCAGGGGUAUGGUGUCCGAACUUGGGCAAAGAACAGAAUGGGACAGAUGUGGACUUGUGCUCAAAAUGGGGUGAUAUCAAUACUGUCAGACCUGGACGUGGGGGGGAGCGGCUCAGGCAGUUUAUUUCUGAGAUCAGUCAGGCAAGAGGGUGCCACUAGCUGAAUCAGUAUUGGUGUCAAUUUCUCAGGAGGUAAAGUUUCGGGUAGUGUUUUGUGGAGCGAAUAUUGGCUGGAGUGAGGUACGUGAUGGAAUCCAUCACAACUAUAUGGAUUUCUCCUUCGCGUUGAAGAAAACAGAAGGCACAUGACGGAGUCAUAUGGAACUGGCCAAAAAGUUUCAGAUUCAGGUGAUGGGCGCCCGAUACUGCAUUGUCCAAAUAUACAGAUUAGGUAUACUGUAUACUGGCCGUUGCUGCUUUGCCCUGUUUUUGAUCGUGUAGGUAGGUAGGACACAGAAAUAGGAUCCGCUCAUAUACCUUGUUGCAGCACCUUUGUAUGGAUGAUACAUAAGUAUUAUACACGUCAGCAUUGGCGCAGCUAGCUCAGAAAAUGA